AUGACAACCAUCACCAAACACAUAGCAACAACAAUCCGACCAAAACCAAGUAUACUCCUAAUCGGCAAACUCCAUCACAGCAAGAGUGAAUGGUCCGCACUCCAAACCAAAUACAAAACAUACCAGUUCAUAGGCAACCGACAUCAAUUCUUACAAAACUGUCAAUCCGGAAUAUGGGAUGGAGUCGCAGCACUUUACCGGACGAAUUCAACCCUCGAGACUGGGCCAUUCGAUAAGGAGCUUAUUCACUCCCUACCGCUGACAUUGAAGUUUAUCUGUCUCAAUGGCGCGGGAUACGACGGGAUGGAUAUACAAACUUGCACUGAAAGGGGUAUACGGAUUUCUAAUACUCCGAAGGUCGUUGCGGAUGCCACGGCUGAUGUGGCUAUGUUCUUGAUGUUGGGUGCUUUGCGCCAGGCUAUGAUACCUUUGGUGUCUAUUAGAAAUGGACAAUGGAAAGGAGACACACCUCUAGGUCGUGAUCCUGGGGGUAAGGUACUUGGGAUUUUGGGGAUGGGUGCGAUUGGACAGGCUAUUGCGCAUCGGGCUCGGGCGUUCGGGUUGAAGAUUAUUUACCAUAAUCGUUCUAAGCUCGCUAGAGACAAGGAAGGUAGGAAUAUUUCCUUCUUAGUAUUCAGCAGUACAUUGGACUCAGUCAGAAACAGGAGAUGCCGAAUAUAUAUCAUCAGUCUUAAUUUACCGGCCACAAAGAAGACUUGCUAUAUCAUCUCAAAAGCCGAGUUCGAGAAGAUGAAAGAUGACGUGUUCAUUAUCAAUACAGCAAGAGGCUCGCUACUUGAUGAAGCAGCCUUGGUAGAAGCGCUGCAAGCAGACAAAGUUGCGUCUGCUGGACUAGAUGUUUUCGAAAAUGAGCCAAUUAUCCACCCGGGUCUACUCCAUGACAACCGAGUUAUGAUUCUACCUCAUAUUGGGACGACAACACGUGAAACCAAGCGUGAGAUGGAGUUAUUGACUUUGCGGAACAUAGAGAACGCCUUGGAUGAUGGCAAGCUGCUCACACCGAUCAUAGAACAACAGGAAGGCCAGUUCUGA